AUGGCGGUGCUUUCACUCUUGGUACUGUUCUUCUCCAAUCUCUGUUUUCCUGUUUUGAAUGUGGCAACAGCUUCAAAUAUUGAAUUCCAAGGGAGGGCUCUUCUUCAAUGGAAGAUGGCCCUUAAAACACAAGAACUCCUCGACACCUGGACAUCAAAAACCAGUCCAUGCAACUGGACUGGAAUCACUUGCAGAUAUAAUGGCCAUCGCAUGCCAACCAUCACCAGGGUCCAACUGGGACAGUUGGGACUAGAAGGGGAGCUGGAGACUCUCAACUUCUCAGCUCUGCCAUCACUCAGAGUUCUCAACCUCAGCAACAACCAUGUACAUGGAUCCAUCCCUACAUGUAUUUCAGCUCUCUCCAAGCUCACCAUCCUUGAUCUCUCUGCCAACAAUCUCACAGGUAUCAUCCCAUCAGAGCUUGGUAAUUUGACAAGGCUCAAGACCUUGUGGCUCUUUGAGAAUCAGAUAAGUGGUUCCAUACCUCUUUCUUUUGGAAAGCUUAAGAAUUUGAAUUCGUUAGACAUCUCUGCAAUUUCCUUAGUUGGUUCCAUCCCUCUAGUGUUUGGAAAUUUGACCAAACUAAAUGUUUUAUAUUUAUGGGGAAAUGACCUCGAUGGCUCUAUCCCUUGCGAUAUUGGGAAUCUUGUAAAUUUAAGAGAUUUUGAAAUAUCUGACAACCAAAUAACUGGUCACAUCCCACAUAGUAUUAGAAACCUAACCAAGCUUGAAACUUUUUAUCUAAGUGGAAAUAACAUAAAGGGAUCCAUUCCUGGCGAAGUUGGGAAUCUAAUGAACUUGAGAGAUUUUAACAUAUAUGACAACCAAAUGACUUGUCCCAUCCCAGAUUGCAUUAGAAAUUUGACUAAACUUGAAAGUUUACACCUAGGCAAAAAUAACAUAAAUGGUUCCAUUCCUAGUGAAAUCGGGAACCUACUAAACUUGAGAGAUUUUGGAUUAUAUGAAAACCAAAUAACCAGUUCCAUCCCACCUCGCAUUGGAAAUUUGACCAAACUUGAAAGUUUUUACCUAGGUAAUAAUAACAUAAAUGGCUUCAUUCCUAGUGAAAUUGGGAACCUAGUGAACUUGAAAUAUUUUGGAUUGUAUAAAAACCAAAUAACUGGUUCCAUCCCUCCUUCUCUUGGAAGUUUGAAAUGUCUCAUUUAUUUAAAUUUAGACAACAAUCAUCUCUCUGGCAUAUUGCCCAUUGAAAUUUCAAACCUUACAAAUUUAAUGUAUCUUCAAUUGUCCUACAACAACCUUUCUGAUAACCUACCACCAGAUUUAGCUAAAGGAGGUUUGCUUCAAUAUCUUGGUUUGAGUUACAACAAUUUCCAAGGCCCCAUUCCACUUUAA